GUAAUAAACGCUCUCAGUCGUCUUUCCUUCUCAGUGAUCUCGUCUUUCCAAGCGGAAGCCCCGUCGUCGCUUUCUCCCAUUUGUUCGCCGUUUACACUUCGUACCCCCAAAGAACAAACCUAGCUCAACAAUGACCGCCAUCAGCUCCUCCAUGACCCGCCGCGCCGCCGCGACGACCGUCGUGUUGUCCGCCUUGGCCGCCGUCAGCGCCAACGCUGCGAAGCCCGCCUACACGCCCAAGUUCACGUGGUGGGCCAUCCUGAUCAUGAUGCUUGGCAUCGUUGCGCUCACUUCGGUUGCCCUGAUCAUCUACUUCUGCUGCUUCCGCAAGCACGGCUCGGAGGAAGAAAAGAAGGUUGCGGACAACGACGCGGACGCCCGCUCUGAGGGCGCGGCUGCAGUGCCGUCGGCCAGCAACGAGCCGGCGACCGCGUCGAAGAGCCGCCCGGCGGAGUAA